AUGUCUCUUCUCCGCCCGACAUGCGCCUCGCUCGCGCGCCGCCUUUGUACUACACAACCUCACUCUCGACAGACAUCAACGUCUCCGCUACUAGCUCUCGUUCAGCGACACCGGGCAUCACGGCUACAAUGUCGCUUCUUUGCCUGCACCCCCCAUUACCGCGCCAGAGUCAUCGAUACACCACAGAACCCCGCCAUCCCACAAUCUCGCAAGCGCACCGUACGCAUAGGGCCACUCCCUGAAGGGCCAGUCAGCGAAGCAACCAUACACCGCAUCUUUGGCCGCAAGCUAUCACCGCAAGACGGCAAUAAUGUGCUGCGCAUACUGCACCACCGGCGCACCGCAGGCUCUCUGGCCGACUACGGCGUAGACAAUCUGGGCAAGCAGUACACACAUGUCAGCCGCGACACCGCACUUAAAGGACUGGAAUGGCUGCGGGCGAAAUAUCCCAUAGAUGAGGCGCGAGCAGCAGAAGAAUGGGCCGAGAAGGAAGCCAAUCGCAUAGCCUACGAGUUAUGGCUCGCCGACCCCGAAACGGAGUCCAAAUACAAAGACCCCGCCCGUGCCUUUCGCGAGCAAAUGGAAAAGGAAGAGCAAGAACGUAUACGUCAAGAGGCCGAGGACCAAAAGAUUGGAAUUCUGCACGCGGGCAAGAGUCAAUUCGAGCUCAACAUUGAGGAAAAGCGGCGGGCACGUCUAGAAGAGAUUACGCGCAUAGCAGAAGAGAAUGAGCGGAAACAGAGGGAAAUGGAAGAGAAACUCGCGAGUGGAGAAUGGGUGCGCACACCAACUGGCACGCAACUCAUGAAACCCGGCCAAACAACGUACAUUGACAUCUUUGGCCGCGAGCAAGUCAGCCGACGCAAAGAGGAAAUGGAAAAGUACAACAAAGCGGCUCAAGUAACGGACGCAACGACAGCUGAGGAACUCCUGGAACAAACAACUCUCUCCGAACGUCUCAUCCCCAUGACCGUCUUCGUCCUCUUCACCCUCGCCGCCUCCUACGCCUUCGCACACUUCUACACGCCUCCCUCGCCAUCCUACCGCCUCUUCCCGGACCUCUCCCCCACAACCGCCACCAUUGGCGCCCUGGUCGCUGCAAACUGCAUCGUCGCCAUAGGCUGGCGCAUCAUGCCCCUAUGGCCCCUCAUGACACGCUACUUCAUGCACGUCCCGGGUUACCCACGCGCCAUCCAGAGCAUCGCCAACGUCUUCAGCCACAUCCAGUACGAGCACCUCGUCGCUAACAUGAUGAUGCUGUGUCUCGUCGGCCCUGUAUGCUGUGAUCUCGUGGGCCGCGGUGUCUUCAUGGGUACGUAUAUGAGUGCCGGUGCUUUGGGCACGCUGGCGUCGUUGUACUGGGCGAAUCUCGGCCGCGGCAAUAUCACGGCGCAUUCUGUAGGGGCUUCAGCGGCGAUUUGGGGGAUAGCAGCGUUGUACUGUUUGUUGACUGAUCAGGAGAGGAUUAAGAUCCCCUUCUUGAAGGACCAGGAGGUUGCGUUUUGGCCUAAGAUGCUCUUGGCGGCGUUUGUGGUCCUCGAGAUUCAUUCGGCCAUGCGGAGGAAGACGACGAUGGAUCAUGCGAGUCAUUUUGGGGGCAUGGCCGUUGGGAUGGCUACCGCGGGGUAUCUAAGGGCGACGGGGUUCCGCGAGAAGAUUGAGGCUAAGGAGCAGCAGCAGCAGGGGGUUCAGGCUUGGGCGGGGACGCCAGAGAAGGUGGUGGAUGUUGGGGCGAUUGCGAAGGAGGGCGUCAAGGAGGUUAAGCAGAGUCUUACAGGGAGCGGGAAAUAG